AUGGAACUGGUCAUGGCCUUGGUGGUCUGUGUCUAUUUUCUGCUUCUCCUUUCACUCUGGAAACAGAGCCAUGCGAAAGGGAAGCUCCCACCUGGCCCCACUCCUCUUCCAAUCAUCGGAAAUAGCCUACAGAUCAAUUUUAAGAAUAUCAGCAAAUCUUUAAGUGAUUUCUCAGAAACCUAUGGCCCUGUGUUCACUCUGUAUUUUGGCAUGAAACCCACAGUGGUUUUGCAUGGCUAUGAAGCAAUGAAAGAAGCCUUGUUAGAUAAAGGAGAGGAUUUUUCUGGAAGAGGCUAUGUCCCAGUGUUUGAAAGGACGAAUAAAAACCGUGGAGUCAUUUUCAGCAAUGGAAAGACAUGGAAAGACAUCAGACGCUUCUCUCUCAUGACUCUGCGGGAUUUCGGAAUGGGCAAGAGAAGCAUUGAGGAAUGUGUUCAACAGGAAGCCCGAACUCUCAUUGAGGAACUGAGAAAAACCAAUGGCUCACCCUGUGAUCCAACUUUCAUCCUGGGCUGUGCACCCUGUAAUGUGAUCUGCUCAGUUGUUUUCCAUCAUCAUUUUGAUUAUAAAGAUCAGGAUUUUCUUAACUUGAUAAGAAAACUCAAUGAAAAUGUCAGCCUUCUAAGUUCACCAUGGAUGCAGGUCUGCAAUGCUUUUCCUAUAAUCCUUGAUUAUUUUCCCGGGAGUCAUAAAAAAGUACUUGAGAAUUUCAAGUAUUUGGAAGCGUUUGUUUUUGAGAAAGUUAAAGAACACCAAGACACUCUUGACAUUAACAAUCCUCGAGACUUCACUGAUUGCUUCCUGAUAAAAAUGGAACAGGAAAAGCACAAUAACCAGACUGAAUUUACUACUGAAAACAUGGUAACCACUGUAACUGACCUGUUUGGAGCUGGGACAGAGACAACAAGCACCACCCUGAGAUAUGGACUCCUACUUCUGCUGAAGCACCCUGAGGUCAGAGAUAAAGUCCAGAAAGAGAUUCACCAAGUGAUUGGCAGCCACCGAGAGCCCUGCAUGCAAGAUAGGGCCAAUAUGCCUUACACAGAUGCUGUGGUGCAUGAGAUCCAGAGAUACAUUGACCUCUUCCCUACCAGCGGGAUUCAUUCAGUGAUUCGUGAUGUUAAAUUCCGAAAUUACCUCAUUCCCAAGGGUACGACCAUAUUAACUUCACUGACUUCUGUGCUUCACAGCGAAAAAGAAUUCCCCAAUGCAAAGACAUUUGACCCUGGCCACUUUCUGGACAAAAGUGGCAACUUCAGGAAGAGUGAUUAUUUCAUGCCUUUCUCAGCAGGCAAACGUAGUUGUUUGGGAGAGGGACUGGCCCGCAUGGAGCUGUUUUUAUUUCUGACCAACAUUUUACAAAAAUUUACCUUGAAACCUCUGGUUGACCCUAAGGACAUUGAUAUCACCCCAGAAAAGCACAAUAAACAGACUGAAUUUACAACUGAAAACAUGGUAACCACUGUAACUGACCUGUCUGGAGCUGGGACUGAGACAACAAGCACCACCCUGAGAUAUGGACUCCUACUUCUGCUGAAGCACCCUGAGGUCAGAGAUAAAGUCCAGAAAGAGAUUCACCAAGUGAUUGGCAGUCACCGAGACCCCUGCAUGCAAGAUAGGGCCAAUAUGCCUUACACAGAUGCUGUGGUGCAUGAGAUCCAGAGAUACAUUGACUUCGUCCCUACCAACCUGCUUCAUUCAGUGACUCGUGAUGUUAAAUUCAGAAAUUACCUCAUUCCCAAGGGUACGACCAUAUUAACUUCACUGACUUCUGUGCUUCAUAGUGAAAAAGAAUUCCCCAAUGCAAAGACAUUUGACCCUGGCCACUUUCUGGACAAAAGUGGCAACUUCAGGAAGAGUGAUUAUUUCAUGCCUUUCUCAGCAGGUAAGAGAAAAUUAUAUCUACCU